GGGGAGGGCAUAACCGGUUUGGUGACUGGAGAUAAAGACAAGGGAAAGCACAGGCAAGGCAGUCUGAAAAAGAUCCAGUGCUACUUUAGACCUAAGAAAUGAAGGAACAUCCCUUGCGGGGACUGCUAUCCUGGAUUUUUAGAGACCCUGGCAGGCAAAGUGGGGUGCUGUUGUACAAGCAGGCACCUAGACUAAUAAUAGGCUUAUACUUUAUUAAGAAGACAGAUUCAACAUAGUCUUUGCAGGCACAGAUACACUGAAAAGGAAAGAUUUCCCCAACUCUGUAAGAUGCCCACACUCUAACACCUGGACUCAAACAGAAUCCUUGGUCAAGAACAGAAUUUUGGCAUUGUAAUGGGUGAGAGCAGGCUAGAGUCACUUCUGCAGCUGAGGAGCUGUGAGGUUCAACUGACAUUAUCUGGCAACAGUCUAAGCUGGACUUUUCAGAAGGGAAGGUUCUGCUGGGGCAGACGGGGUCCCACGGUCUCCAUUCCGGUGAAUGAGAUUGUCAAGGUGCAUCAGGGAGACACGAAGCAACAAAGCAAGCCAACUGAUGCUCCUAGUAACCUCUUCACAGUUUACCACAUCUCUCGGAAGUCAGAUCAGCAAUGGAUUCUGGAAGCCUCCACUUUCACAGCACACAGCUGCCAAGAAGCCCAUGACUGGGUAAUGGUUUUGCAGGACAGGAUCCAGAACUGCGGUGCAGAAAGGCCACGGAAGCUGCUUAUAUUUAUAAACCCAUAUGGAGGGUGCGGCAAAGCUGGAAGAAUUUAUAUCAAUAAAAUAUCCCCCCUUUUCCAGCUGGCAGGAAUCGAGAGCGACGUGAUUGAGACCACAAGGGCGAAUCAUGCUAGAGAUCACAUUAUGGAAACAGAUCUAGGAAAAUAUGAUGGGGUGGUGUGUGUUGGGGGUGACGGCAUGUUUAGCGAGUUGCUGCAUGGAGUGGUGAGACGGACGCAGAGUGACAACAAAGUGUGUGAGAACAAGGAAGGGGUAACUCUGACCCCUUGCAAGCUUCGCAUUGGUAUCAUUCCUGCAGGCUCUACAGACUGUGUUUGUUUUGCCACUGUUGGAAUCAAUGAUCCGGUCACUUCUGCACUUCAUAUAAUCAUCGGGGACACACAACCCAUGGACGUCUGUGCAUCGUACCACUAUGGAGAGCUCAUGAGAUACUCGGUGUCUCUCAUCGGAUAUGGAUUCUUUGGGGAUGUUUUGCGAGAGAGCGAGACCUUACGCUGUUUAGGACCUAUCCGAUACGACUUAUCAGGUUUUAAGAUGGUGCUCAGUAACCGCUUCUACAGGGGGACAGUGGAGUUCCUGGAAGCAGAUGACAGUCGGUCCAGUCCAAGAGACAACACUCGCUGCAGAACUGGGUGCCAGGUCUGCUCUGAAUCUUCAGAAAGAUGGAAAGAGGAGGGAGAUGCAGAAUCCCACUGCUGUGACUCAGACUGUGACACUUGGAAAAAAAUAUCUGGCUCCUUUGUGGCUAUCAAUGUCACUGGCAUGUCCAGCGCAUGCCCGAAAAGCCAGGAUGGGCUGUCUCCAACAGCACACUUGGCCGAUGGCACGGCUGAUCUAAUUUUGGUGCGAGAGUGCAACAUGUUCCAGUUUGUGAGGCAUCUCAAGAGACACACCAACAAAAAUGAUCAGUUUGCAUUGCCCUAUGUGGAAGUGCAUCGUAUUCGCGCUGUGCGUUUUACCCCUGAGAAACUGGAUGAGGAGGAAGCCACCCGCCGGCGAAAGGGCUUCUUUUCAUCACUCUGUGGUGCACAACCUGAAACCAGCAACUGGAACUGUGAUGGGGAGAUCCUAGACUGUGCACAGCUCAGCGUCAGGGUGCAUCACCAACUUAUCCAACUUUUUGCACGAGGAAUUGAAGGAACCUCGUGUUGCAGAUGAGCAUCAGGCACUAUUUCUACACCCUGCCCCUAGUGCUUGGAAGAGCAAAAUUAUACAAUUUAAAAACCACAUGAAGUGUAUUGAGAUGUCACGUGGACCCUAAAUGAAGAUGACAAUUCCUCACUAACUGCUGCUGGAACAGCAGAGACUGACACAGCAACACCACGGGCACAGUCCAUGAUCCACAGAAUACUGCCACUUUCAAAGACUCAUGCACUUGCUGACAUUCAGGGAAUUGAAUUUAGAGAUGAAAGACUCCAUACAGAGUUUAAUAAUAUUAAAAUUAUUUACAUAUUUUGCAAUUAGUAAAUUCAAUCCAUACUGUGAACGCUCUGGCGGCUGCAGCGAAGUUCAAGUGCCUUUUUAGAGUACCUCAUCUGAAAAACGUUUAACUUAUUUAGAGGAAGUUCUAUUGCCAAAUCCAGGUGGUACAGAAAAGGUCCAAUCUUUAAGAGAUGUCGAGGUAUAGUUCCGGCUAUAUCUAUAUAGAUAUGUGAACUUUUGAUAUGGGACUGUUCCACUUAUGCAACUGCAAACAUGACAGAAUUGAUUGCUGGACAAGGCAAGAUCACACAAUAACCACGGUGAGAAUAAUAGUACAUCUAUUAGGGAACAUGAUCAUUAGUUGUAUUAAAAAAUCAUUUUUCAUUUCA